CUGGAACAUCAGUAGAAAUGGCUUCAUUCAACAACCAGCAGCAGCGCAAACAGGCAACCACCUUGCCACCUGCACUGUGCAAAACAGCACCGGAACCGUUGCCAUGCCCUCAGCCAACACCAUGUCCUCAGGAGAAGCCUCCUUGCAAGGAGACACCAGUAGUGGUCGUCCCAACUCCUUGCCCUCGGCCAACACCAUGUCAAGAGAAGCCUCCAUGUAAGGAGCCACCAGUAGUGAUUUGUCCAACUCCAUGCCCACAGCCAACACCAUGUCAAGAAAAGCCUCCUUGCAAGGAGCCACCAGUAGUGAUUUGUCCAACUCCAUGCCCACAGCCAACACCAUGUCAAGAAAAGCCUCCAUGCAAGGAGCCACCAGUAGUGGUUGUCCCAACUCCUUGCCCUCAGCCAACACCAUGUCCUCAGCAAAAGCAGCCAUGUAAGGAGCCACCAGUAGAGAUUUGUCCAACUCCAUGCCCUCAGCCAACACCAUGUGAAGAGAAGCCUCCCUGCAAGGAGCCAGUAGUGGUUGUCCCAACUCCUUGCCCUCAGCCAACACCAUGUCCUCAGCAAAAGCAGCCAUGUAAGGAGCCACCAGUAGAGAUUUGUCCAACUCCAUGCCCUCAGCCAACACCAUGUGAAGAGAAGCCUCCCUGCAAGGAGCCAGUAGUGGUUGUCCCAACUCCUUGCCCUCAGCCAACACCAUGUCCUCAGCAAAAGCAGCCAUGUAAGGAGCCACCAGCAGUGAUUUGUCCAACUCCAUGCCCUCAGCCAACACCAUGUGAAGAGAAGCCUCCCUGCAAGGAGCCAGUAGUGGUUGUCCCAACUCCUUGCCCUCAGCCAACACCUUGUCAAGAGAAGCCUCCCUGCAAGGAGCCACCAGUAGUGGUUGUCCCAACUCCAUGCCCUCAGCCAACACCAUGUCAAGGGAAGCCUCCAUGCAAGGAGACCCCAGUAGUGGUCGUCCCAACUCCAUGCCCAGAGAAGCAGCCUCCCUGCAAGGAGCCAGCCACUGUCCCAUGUUGCCCACCUGAGGCAAAAUGCCCACCCCCUUGCGAUCAACAGCAGAAGAAGCAACCUUGCCAGUGGCCUCACCAGCAGAAGUAAGCAAGCAUGAGAAACAACAACAACAGCGCAGGAAGUCAGCAUGAUCAACAUGUCCAGCUCACAACCUGCAGCUUUCAAUAUACCUCAUCCUUUUUGUUUAUUUAAAUUCCUUUAAAAACCCUUCUGUUAAUAUAUUUCCCAUGUUGUUCUCCAUAUGAUAAUAGUAGUAAAUAGCAUAAUUGCCACCAACAAGUUACAUUUACAUUGCUUCAAGAGGAAGUGUUUUGAAAUUAGGCUGUCAAAUUUGGCUUUUGGUGGCAAUGCAAUGAGCUCUUAGUUUCUUCCUUCUUGGGGCUGGCCCUGGUGGACGCCUCAGAUGGCAAAAGUUCCUCCCAUUUCCCCUAAUUUACCCAAUGUAGCAUGGUACUCUCUUCUGUGAUGGAGGACAUUGUCCUGUUGUCAGUACUGAAGUAAAAUUCAACUGUUAGUUUGGCUGGAUUCUGUACAAAGGAUAGGAGAAGCCAUCUCAUCCUUUCCUGGGUAUCCCUGCUUCUUCAAUAUUUAUUAUUGCUUAAUGAUUAUUUUGUUGAUCAUCCAGUUCUUAAAAUAGGGAAGACCCUGCCUUAUAAGUCCCAUCCCACCUGGAAUGGUGAAAUGAAUACCAGUUGCUGGAGAAUAGGUGUGGAAGAGGGAUGUUGAACUCAUGCCCAAUUGUUGGCUUCCCUAAGGAAUUUGAUUGACUAGUGUGGGAAGUAGGGGGCUGAACUAGGUUUGAUCCAGUGGGGUUCUCCUUACAUUCGUGAGCGAAUCCCAUUUCCUGCAUGUACUUUUCCUUAUGCACCUACCCCAAAUGAUUAGUAGGCAAGUAGUGAGGACUGUUUCUGUCCUCAUUAAAUACAUCCUUAUUGAGAUGUUGGCAGAGAAUGUAAUAAUCAAAGCUUCUCAUCUGAGGCGACACAUUAAACUUCAAAAAGAAAUUGUUCCCAGUGAUGCCCGAGUAUUAUUUUACUGUGAAUUUAAUUAAGGCAAUUGACACAAAAGGAAGCGGAUUUUAUUGGAUGGCUUUUGUGCCAUGAUUGCGAAGGGGUGAUCAUGGCAUCGCCAGGAAGCUGAUGACAUGUCCCAAAUCUUACUGUUUAUUAUUCAUCCGUCUGUAUAUUCUUCUGGGAUUAAAUGGAUUGUUCCUAAAUCUCUGAACUUCCGAAAUACAA